AUGUCUAUUAAUAACUCAACAAAAAAAGUGUAUCUGGGGGAUGUUGAUCCAGAAUUUUGUUUUAAUUCAAAAGCUCUCAGUGCCACAGUUCAUCAUAUUGUAACUUCUUUUUUCAGUUUAGAAAAUGAUCGUAUUAUUACAAAAUAUAAAAACUUAAAUCCUCAAAUUGAUGUAAAUGUUUUGAAAAAUUGUUUAGAGUAUAAACCAAAAUUUUUUAAAUGGGCAGGUUCUGCAGGACAAUCCUCAAUGCCUUCGCUAGAUAUAAAUAAUAAAAGACAAAAUAGAUAUAAACUCGUAAUACAAGCAUUUAAACAAGCUCUAAAAGACACUGAUUCCUCUCUUGGUGAGCUUACUGUAGUGUGUGAUAUAGCUAACGAUGAAAUAGAAGCAACUGGGUAUGUGGCUGCAAUCUCUGAAGAGACUAAAGAACAUGUUUGGAUUACUGUGAUAUUUAAUAAUAUAAUCGCAUGCUUGGCUGGUGGUCAAAACAAAAUUAUAGCAUCAAAAUCAUUUGAAGCAUUUAAUACUGAAUUUUCUGAAAGUGGACUUGCUAUUCGUUUUCCAAAAACCAUAUACAAUAUAAGCAAGUGCGAAAUUUCUUCAUGUAUCGAAAAGAUGGGUGGUCAUGCGGUAAUUAAAGCUGCUUAUGGCUGUCUAAUUAUCUUUUAUUUACAAAAAUUAGAACAGAGUAUUUACAUAAUCACUAAUUCAGAAGAAUUAAAAGAAUUCUUUGAUGCUAAUCAUCAUUACGAAAAAUUUAUUGUACAAUCUCUUGUUGGAAGUGCAUUAUGGUCUAAAGAAUCAUGUUUUGAAAAAUUCUACCAUAUUGGUACUAUGCCAAAUUGUCAUAAUCAAACUUUUGUUAAUGACCUGAGAAUGAUGGUAUCUGCAGAUGAUACUGGAUUUUAUCCUGUGAAUAUUAGUUCACGACGUGCUAAAAAUCCAUGGAAAGUCUUUGGAAUAAAUGUAACUAGUUCUAGUGGGAUGGCAGGACAUGAAUAUGAAAGAAUAAUUACAAUUGACCAGAAAGAGUUUGAUACUACUGGAUUUG